AUGAACGGUGACAAGGCCAUGAUCGAUGGUAUCAUCAAAUUUUUGAAUGAAGGAGCAGUGGUCUCAAACGUGGAUGUUGUUGUUGCACCACCAGCACCAUAUCUGAUGUAUGUGAAGGAUAAGCUGAAUGCUGGCAUACACGUAUCUGCACAGAACUGCUACAAGCACGACAACUGGAAGUGUAAGUACAAGAUUAUUGAAUACCUUUUUUUUCAUGUUGCAAAAGGAGCUUUCACCGGCGAAAUUUCGCCAGCAAUGAUCAGAGAUCUGGGGCUGCACUGGGUUAUUUUGGGCCACUCGGAGCGACGUCAUAUUUUCGGUGAGACGGAUGAGUUGAUCGCUGAAAAAGUGGUGCAUUCUAUUGAAAGUGGCCUGGAAGUGAUAUUUUGUUGCGGUGAAAAAUUGGAUGAACGAGAAGCUGGAAAAACGAAAGACGUCAAUUUUCGCCAGGUGCAAGCACUGAUUGAUAAAAAAGUCAAUUGGGCCAAAGUGGUGAUUGCAUAUGAACCCGUUUGGGCAAUUGGUACCGGAAAAACAGCGUCCCCGGAACAAGCCCAGGAAGUGCACGAUUGGAUUCGACAAUUUUUGAAGGAAAAAGUAUCAGCCGAUGUGGCUGACAAAACUCGUAUCCUUUACGGAGGAUCAGUAACUGCUCAAAAUGCAGCGGAAUUGGCGAAAAAACCAGAUAUUGACGGUUUUCUUGUUGGAGUUUUUUUAAAGGUGUGCCUGAAGACCACAGUUGGCGAUAUUGAUAUUGAGCUUUGGUCCAAGGAAUGCCCGCUUGCUUGCCGAAAUUUUAUUCAGCUAUGUAUGGAAGGCUAUUACAAUGGUACUAUAUUCCAUCGUGUUAUCAAAGAGUUCAUCGUUCAGGGUGGUGAUCCAACAGGUACCGGUGAAGGAGGCGAAAGUAUUUAUGCAGCACCUUUCAAGAACGAAUUUCACCAGCGUCUAAAGUUCAAUCGUCGUGGACUUGUUGGUAUGGCCAGUGGUAACGACGGCAUGAAUGGAUCACAGUUCUUCUUCACUUUGAAUGCUACUCCAGAUCUCGACAAGAAACAUUCACUUUUCGGCAAGGUUGUUGGUGACACAUUAUUCAAUAUGUUGCGUUUGGGAGAAUGCGAAACGGGCGAGGACGACAGGCCACUUUCGGUGCAGAAAAUUUUGAAUGCUGAAGUGCUGAUUAAUCCAUUCAAAGAUAUCGCCCCUCGUGCAGUUAAGAAGGGAAAAGCGAAAAAGGAUAAGGCAGAGAAAAAGAAGAAUGUUAAAAGGGAUCUUUCUCUUCUUUCAUUCGGUGAUGAAGCGGAGGAGGACGAAAUUGAACUACAACAAGCGAAUGAGAAGCUGAGGUGGAAAAGCAAAAGUGCUCAUGACGUAUUGGCGGAUGAAACCUUAAGCAAGGAGCUAGCUGUGCCAGUGGAGGAACUUGCAGAACCUUCAGCGGUAAGUGAAUACGUCAAGCUUUUUGUUUUCUCUUUUUUUGGUUUUUGUGCGUUUUUUGCAGCUAAGCAAUGCAGAAAACGCAUACUGACGAGAGGUUGUCUGUAUGUCUGUGUGUCUGUGCGUCUGUACCGAUUUUUCAUCUCAAGACCUAUAAAAGCUACGGGGCUGAAACUUCAGGAAUGUAAUCUACAUGCACCUACGGGCCCUAGUCCCCAAAAUGGGCGCCAUUACCCGCGUGGUGCCCGCGUAAGGGUCCGCCAAAUUUUUUUUCGAGUAAAUUGA